AUGGUUGUCAUUCCUCCAGAGCUCACGUCAAUGACGGUAGUUUCACAGAGGUAUACAAUGUCGGUACUGGUGACAGGUGGUGCUGGUUACAUUGGGAGCCACACUGUGGUGGAACUUAUUAAUGCAGGCUACGAUGUGGUGAUUAUUGACAACAUGGUCAACUCUUGCAAGGAAAGUAUCAAGCGAAUGGAAGAAAUAACUGGGAAAACCAUUCCAUGCUUUGAAAUUGAUCUUUUAAACAAAGAAGCAUUAAAUGCCAUAUUCCAAAAGCACAACUUUUCAAUUGUUGUACACUUGGCUGGACUAAAAGCAGUUGGUGAAUCUUGUGACCUUCCAUUGCUUUACUACAAGAACAAUGUUGGUAGCACCUUAAAUCUUCUUGAGGUAAUGAAAGAAAAUGGUGUCUACAACAUUGUCUUCUCAAGUUCAGCUACAGUUUAUGGUAUUCCUCAAGAAUUACCCAUUAAUGAGAGCCACCCACAGGGCAGUUGUACAAAUCCUUAUGGACAAACUAAAUACUUCAUUGAAGUUAUACUUCAUGAUCUUUCCAAAACCGACAAGAAAUGGAAUAUGAUCUUGCUUCGAUAUUUCAACCCUGUUGGUGCCCACAAAUCUGGAAAAAUUGGCGAGGAUCCAAAUGGAAUCCCUAACAACCUGAUGCCAUUUGUGGCUCAAGUAGCAAUUGGGAGACGCAGUGAAUUAAAAGUAUUUGGAAAUGAUUAUGAUACUCCAGAUGGCACAGGUGUCAGAGAUUACAUCCAUGUUGUUGAUUUAGCUUUGGGCCAUGUAGCUGCAGUGAAUAAAGUGGAAGAAAAUUGUGGAUAUAAAGUGUAUAAUUUGGGUACUGGGUGUGGCUAUUCUGUGCUUGAUAUGAUCAAAGCUUUUGAAAAGGCUAGUGGCAAAUCUAUUCCUUAUAAAGUGGUAGAUCGCCGUGCAGGAGACAUAGCUUCUUGUUAUUCAGAUGCCUCUUUGGCUGCGAAAGAGAUGGGCUGGAAAGCAAAAUAUGGGCUGGAUGAGAUGUGUCAAGAUUUAUGGAAUUGGCAGUCAAAAAACCCAUAUGGUUACAAAAAGAAGGAAAAUGAAGAUUGA